UCAUCUAUUUUGACAGCAGGCAAGUCAGCGGGUGAAGAAAGGGAGCCCAAGCACGGAGGUGGGGGGGCGAAGGAUGCGCACGAUAAGGUCGCCGCUUUGCAGCCUCCGCCGCCGCCGCCCGGCAACAUGAUCAGCACGUCCGAGGCGGUGGGCCGCAGGAUGCCGUCGGCGGCACGGCGGAGCGAGCGCUGGAUCGCCUGGUGCCAGGCGGCGCUGCUCGGCGUGUCGGCGCUGGUCAUCGCGGCCGAGAGGAGCGCUCUUAUCUACUGUAUAGGAUUUUACCUUUGGAAUGACGAGACACGGUGGGCCGGUUUCACGCUAGGGCUCUUCCUCCCGGGUACUGCGGUGCAGCUGCUGAGUGUCAAGUGGCAUUACGACGAUGGCGACAAUAGGCGAUGGUACCUCUCGACCAUACACAUUCUUCACUUGGGCAUCUUCAAACGGCUUUGGGACUGCAUGAGGUACGUGUCGCGCACGCACGGCUCAGCGGCAGAGCUCGACGCGGUCGUCAUGCUGCAGGCGGACGUCGCUGCACUUUGGCUUUUGGAGGCGCUGGUGGUCACCCUGCCCCAGAGCUUACUUCAAGCGUACAUCGUCGUGUCCACCGACGUGGGCAUCACGUCGCCGGUGGCCUACUGCUGCGGUCUUUGCGUGCUGUCCGUUUCCUGGGCCCUGGUGCUGUACAGCCGCGCCUGCUGUCUCAUCCGGCCGGGCCAUCUCGCCAUGCCUCCGGCGGCCCUGCUCUGCCAGCUGGUGUGGAGGGCGGGCAUGCUGGGCGCCAGGGUGACCUGCCUCAUGUUCUUCGCCAGGGUGUUCGACUGGUGGGUCUGCGGAGUGGCAGGCUUUCACUGGCUGACUGCUUCCUUCUGGCUGGUAUCACAGCAACCGGACAUCUGCACCGGGCCCUGGUGUUGGCGUGCCUUCAACGCCCUCCUGGGGCUAGUCCACGUCUUCCUCUUUCUCAACGUCAAAGAUGGACCGUCGCGAUUCCGCAUGGUCGGCUUUUAUACGUUCAUGCUUAUCGAGAACACCACGUUGUUGCUAGCUGCCUCCGACUUACUUAGCCAAGCGUCGUGGGACAACGUGACGCUCCCUAUUGCCGUCCUAUGUAGCUUAAUCCUCGGUGCUACCUCACUGGUCGUCUACUACCGCUUCUUGCAUCCCAAGUCAACAGAGAUUGCGCAGGGUCUCCACCACAACCACAUGGGUAGUACGUGCAUUGAACGAGGGGAGUCCUCCUUCUCUCUCGGGGACAAAAGUCUUCCGGUUGGCGGCGAACAAAACCACGGCAGCUUCUCCCACUCCGGAGUGGCUGGCUCACUGCUGGAGGAUCCGAGCGCGUGCGGAGGGAGGCCAAACAGCUCCUAUCCUUUCUACCACCAUCACUGGUUACUCAUCCGGCUGGCCCUCAAAACAGGCGACCUGGGGAAGAUCAACCGAGCGUACGGGGCAGGUGGAGCGGCAGCCAUACUGGAUUUAGAGGAGUACAACCAGGAGUUUAAAAGUAACGAAGGCAUCAGCAGCUUGGCAGGAGGCAACUGCGAGGGCGUCUCCACGUCCGAGUCUCAGGGGCGAGGCUCGGUACCUCUGUCGGACUGUAAAGACGAGUUCCAGACUGUAAGUGAACCCACUUCUUUCGAACAAGCGGAGGACGACAGUCUAGAGAUGGAGAGUCCGCUGGAGUCGCCCGAAUCGGAUUUCAAGCGCAGCUCACCAGAGGGCAAAUCUGUAUUUGGAGACAGUCCGGAGCCGGAUUUCUGCCCCACGGAGUCCAGUUCGACCUUGUACUUCAGCGCUGACCCCCAAUCUCCCAGCAGCACCAGUAACCCCCGUUUAGACCGGGACACCGGGGGUUCGGAACAGGGCGUGCGUCUCAAUUCCAUUCCGAGCGAUCCGGCUCUUCAUAGGGACAUCCGAGGUUUAAUCAGCCGGGUCGGACCGCGCUACACGUCCACCCCGAAACUGGACUCGGGAGCGCUGGACCCUCCCCCCUCCAGUGUCCCUCACCUCACCGGUCCCAGAAGACAGCUCAUAAUGUCCCGAAGAGACGACGAUGAACAUUUCUGACCGAUUCAGGGAUAGGCUGAUAACGUACGAGUGAAUCCAUUGUUACGUUUUUAUCGUCUGUAUUUUAAAGUGAAAGGACGUUUCUUAAAUCGAGCAAUGUGAGGCUUGCAUACAAUACUGCACAGAGACCAUUAUAUCCGCGAAGGAAGAGCAAUAUAUCAUACGCGUGCUAAAUUGACACAUGGAGCCAUUCGAUGCUCUUUUAAUGCUAUCAGUAAUAAUAAGCUAAUUGGCUGUGUAUCGACUCAGAUUCAACCUCUCAGCUGUAAUCGUUUAUGAAGUACCGUAUACCCUCAAAUAGUGAUCCUACCUUUCAUUCAAUGUCUCAAUGAAUCCCAGGUCGUAUCAUCCACUUAUUUGUGGAAAAAUAUUAUGAAUGAACGCCGAAGAAGAAGAAUGGCCCCAAAAGCGCCCGUGGCAUUGUACAGGGAAGUACGGUAACUGCUGACUGUUAUAAGAUUUCCUAUUUCACAUACUUUGGAAAUAUCAAUAUGGAGCUGCUUUCUGGCCUUAGAUGCCGUGUAGCCUUUACGUUCCAAAAAAAAUAAAUUCAAAUGAUGUAAUCACAUAAUUAAAGGCUGCACUUUGAAAUAAAUGCAAUAUCAGCACAAGCCGCCACUUCAUUGGCUUCCUUAAAAGCACAACCUGCAAUGUAUCUGUUUAAAAAACAAUUACUCACAUGUAUACACACACACACACACAUACAGUAAAAAUAUCAAUUUGCUGUGCUUUGAGCUGGAUUGAUGUGACAGCCUGGACAGAUAUUAGAAACUUGCUGUGACUUUCUUUAGUGUGUUCUCAAUUGCUAUUUUUCGAAGGGGAAGAAAAAUGCAUUUAUCUUUUUUUUUUAACUUUGCUGUGAAAAGGAGGCAAUCCACAAUCGAGCAAAGAUUUGCAUUUCUUUUGCACUCGAGCCUUGUAUGAUAUUUGAACUGUGAAUCGAGAAGCCGCCUGCGGCUUUAAAUGAGCAAUACAACGCAGACAUAUUGGGGUGAGUGAAAUAAAGGUGUUCUGCUGUCAACUGUGA